GACACCUCAAAUAUUUAUAUCUUUAUAAAAACAGGAUUGCUGACAUUGAGGAUAGGGCGUUUGAAGGGCUGAAUAAUUUGGAGCAGCUUUAUCUUUACUCCAAUCAGCUUAAGAAAAUACCUCCAGGAACAUUUAGUAACCUUCCUUCACUAGAAAGGCUGUUUUUGAACAAUAACAAUAUAUCCAUACUUGAGCCUGGCACGUUCUACGGACUAGGGUCGUUAAAAAGAUUACGACUGGAUUCAAACCAGCUUAUAUGCAACUGUAAACUCCUGUCACUUAUUCAGAUGUUAUCUCUCGCAAGCCGGCGUAGGAACACACAGGCCGCUGCAACUUGCCACUUCCCUGAAACGCUACGAGGGCGCAAUUUAGUCGACCUAACCCCUGAGGAGCUUAACUGCCAGAGACCUCAUUUUGUUGUCGAGCCUCACAAUGUUGACGCUACGGAAGGAAACAAUGUCUACUUUAGCUGCAGAGCUAUGGGUGAUCCAGAACCAGAAAUAGUCUGGUUACAUGAUAGUAAAGAAAUUCUACCGAACCGUGGAAUAGAUCACAAGUACAACAUUCUAGACGACGGGACGUUGAUGAUCCAGAAUGCUAGUGGUGAUGACGAAGGGCAGUAUGAAUGUAUGGCCAGGAAUGCUCUAGGAGAGGUCAAGACUCAACCGGUCAGUCUACGAUACUUUGGAGCACCUAGAGCUCCUGUAUAUACCUUUGUUCCUGAGGAUGUAGAGUUCCGUGAAGGUACGUCCGCUGUGAUCCACUGCGCUGCUAACGGCUACCCACUUCCAAGGAUCUCGUGGACCAAAGAAGGAGCUAACGUGGUGGAGAAUCAACGAUUCCGGAUCCUCUCUACCGGCUCCCUCCAUAUCUCAAACACUCGCUUCUCCGAUGCGGGGGAUUACCGGUGUGAUGCGACCAAUAGUCUGGAUACUCUCUCAGCUACUGCUACACUUAGUGUUCUAGUGCCCCCGACCUUUGAACUUGCUCCACAGCCUCAGUCGGCAAUAGAGGGCAGCACAGUUGAACUUCAUUGUCGUCCGCAGGGCUAUCCUCUCCCUGUCAUUCAAUGGAGGAAAGAUUCCAACGCUCUUCCAGACGACAGGAAGUUCCUCAUCCUGGCCUCAGGGACGCUGAGGAUCGUACGUGUGUCUCAAGAAGACGCGGGUAACUAUGAAUGUAUCGCUGUCAACAAAGCUGGUCAGAGACAGAGUAUGGCUCAGGUUGAAAUCAGAGCAAGAGUGCCACCGGUCUUCACCCAAUCACCAAGUGACUUGACAGUGGUUGCCGGGGCAACCAUUCGCCUUCCAUGCUCCGCCUCCGGUGAUCCCGAACCCCUAAUCACAUGGACCAAGGAUGGUGUUCAGAUCACAGAGAGUGCCAAGUUCUCUAUCAGUGAGGCCGGUCAUCUGGCUAUCCAUGAUGUAGGUGUGGAUGAUGAGGGACGCUAUGAGUGUGCAGCUAGGAAUACCAUCGGCUAUGCAUCCACAGACAUGGAGCUGACUGUUAAUGUCACCAUCGGUACAUCACGUGAGGGCGACAGCUACGUCAACUCCGCCAUUGCCGAAGCAAUCCGUAACAUCGACGCGGCCAUCAACGAGACCAAUCGCAACCUGCUGGACGGGAAGAAGCCUCGUACGCCCCAUGACCUGUUGACCUUGUUCCGUUUCCCCUCCAUCGAGGCAAUGAGUAUAGCGAGAGCAGCUGAGGUGUUUGAGAGAACUUUGGAGUUAAUUCACAAUCAUAUAGAAGCUGGGAUGCAAGUCAAUCUUACUGGAAUAGAAUUCACCUACAAUGAUCUUGUAUCUCCACGAUUCCUCAACCUCAUCUCUAACCUCUCACAGUGUACUGCCCAUACUAAAAUUGUCAACUGCUCUGACGUCUGUUUUCACAAGAAAUACCGUACCUACGAUGGAACAUGUAACAAUCUCCAGCAUCCGGAAUGGGGCGCAUCGCUCACACCUUUCAAACGACUGCUAAAACCAAUUUAUGAAAAUGGAUUCAACACUCCCGUCGGUUGGAAUACGACCCAUCGGUAUAAUGGGUUUACAAAGCCAAGCGCGAGAAGGGUGUCCUCCCGAGUCGUCUCUGCUGCAGAAAUAACUUCACACAAGGAUUACACACAUAUGCUGAUGCAAUGGGGACAGUUCUUGGAUCAUGACAUGGACUUCACGGUGACGAGUUUGAGUCGAGCUCGGUUUAGCGAUGGUGUAGAAUGCAAGGAUACGUGUGAAAACCAGGUCCCAUGUUUCCCGAUUCAGGUUCCAGAGGGCGACAGACGUAUCCAUCGUACGCAGUGUAUAGAGUUCACCCGAUCCAGUGCUGUGUGCGGUAGUGGAAGUACUUCAGUGUUUUUCAAUAGGAUCAUGCCGCGAGAACAAAUCAAUCAAAUCACUUCAUAUAUCGAUGCUUCUAAUGUUUAUGGCAGUACUAAAGAAAUAACAGAUAAACUCAGAGAUUUGAAUAAUGAGUAUGGUAGGCUGAAAGUAGGACUUCAAGUUGGAUCGGGUCGUUUCCUGCUACCAUACAACCGUGAUACUCCAAUCGAUUGUGAUCGCGAUGAAGACGAGAGUCCAAUUCCAUGCUUCCUGGCGGGUGAUUUCAGAGCAAACGAACAAUUAGGUUUGCUUUCGCUGCAUACGGUUUGGAUGAGGGAACAUAACCGUAUCGCCCAGAAGCUUCGUGAAGUCAACACCCACUGGAAUGGGGAAACUGUUUUUCAUGAAACGCGGAAGAUCAUCGGAGCGGCCAUGCAGCAUAUAACAUACACAAGCUGGCUACCCAAAGUCCUGGGACCAAAAGGAAUGGAAAUGAUAGGGAAAUACGAGGGUUACAAUCCGAACACCGAUGCCUCUAUCGUCAAUGCCUUUGCAACUGCUGCCUUCCGCUUCGGUCACAGCCUCGUUCAGCCGAUCGUUAAGCGUCUCAAUUCCACUUUCCAGCCCAUCUCACAUGGGAACCUCCCCCUACAUAGAGCCUUCUUCUCUCCGUACCGCAUUGUUGAUCAAGGCGGGAUCGAUCCAGUCUUGAGGGGCCUCUUCGGGUCGGCCAUGAAGGCACCGAGUCCUGACGAGAUGGUCAAUACAGAACUCACGGAACAUCUCUUUGAGAUGGUGCAUGAAAUUGCUUUGGACCUUGCUGCUAUAAACAUCCAGCGUGGCCGUGAUCACGCACUCCCUGGAUACAACGACUGGCGUGUGCUAUGCAACAUGUCUGCUGCUGAAACCUUUGAUGAUAUUAGCUCUGAGAUUAGAAACCCUGAUGUUAGGAGGAGAUUAGAAGAACUCUAUGGACAUCCUGGAAACAUUGAUUUGUUUGUUGGAGGUCUCUCUGAGAAUGCGAUAGAGGGCGGUCUUCUAGGACCAACGUUUACUUGUUUGCUUGCUAGACAGUUUCAUCGGCUCAGGGAAGGAGAUAGGUUCUGGUACGAGAAUCCAGGUGUAUUCUCCCCGGAGCAGCUGACGCAGAUCAAACAGAUAUCUCUAGCUAGAGUGAUUUGUGACAACGGAGAUUCCAUAGACAGAGUCAACCAAGAUGUCUUCCUUUUAGCAGACUACCCAACGGGAUAUAAGAAAUGUAGCAGUGUACCAUCAAUGGACCUUAGGCUAUGGGCUGAAUGCUCAGAAGGUGCAGCUCUUGCUGGUACAUUCAGCCGAUCUCGCCGAUCAGUUCCUACCUACAGUCAACCAGCAGCACCUCAGACCGUCAGAGCAGAGAAAGCUAUACCUAAGGAUCCUAGCAGACGACAUAAGUUUGUAGAAAUAGAGAUAGAUGCUGUAAAAACUAUAGAGGGUGCCACAUCGGAACAGACAGUUUCGCUAGAGACGCAGGUUGCUGAGAUGCAAGCGCAAAUGAGAGAAAUGCAAGCUCAGAUAGAUAACUUACAAACACAGGUUCAGCAGCUAGAACGAGGGAGGAAAGGAAAACGCCACAGAAAUUGACCUUUGCAUAACCUGCCAUUUAAAACUGUGACCUUUGACCUAUGAAGCAGGGCGCCCCCUGUCACGGUCCAGUCGUAAAACCCAGCAGUGGUUUAGCGACAGAUUCUGUGUGUAGCCUUAUCUACCUGUACUCCAAGUGGUUUUUGUGAGUAAUGUCAUUAUGACUCGUGUAAUGAAUUGAUAGAGAUCCUUAACGUGCCUUGUUUCUAGGUAUAUCGUGUUUUUAUUUUUGCUGUGAUGGUCAGGUUAGAGACCUGGUGCUGACAAUUAAAAAAAAAAACAAUUUUUUCCCCUAAGAAACCUCUCCGAAGAAUUUUGUGUGUUCUAACUUUAAAUUGUUCACUUGUAUGGUGACUUUUCUUAUCAUUCUAACCAAGACGUGUCACCAGGAUAUGAAUAAAUUUGAUCUAGUUCUUAAAUAUUUUAAGUUUUUUAAUCCAAUUCUUGAAUAUUUCAUUUGAUAUUUUGAAUAUAUUAAUGGCCAGGGUAUUGUACUUUCAUCAUCUAUUUGAGAUAUUAACAUCAAUUUAUUUAAAAUAUGAUCAUGAAAUAUAACUUCAAUAGUUGAUAUAAUUAUGACAUUGAGACAUUUUGCUUCUAAAGGAAUUUUACAAAACAAUUUGUGUCCUAUUAAGAAUUUGCAAAAUUAACGAGAUAUUUAUAUUUAUAGAAAUUGUUAUCUAUCCUUGUUUUGUGUAAUAGCUUUGAUGUGAUGUAUGUAAAAACAAACAAAAAAGAGAUAAUUUUUAGCUCACUAUACUCAAUAUAAGUGAAAGCUUCGUAAAAUUCUUAUUCUCUUUGCACGUGUAAAUCCGACAAGUGCCUUGUCCAUUUUAAAAAUUGAAAACAUCUUUGCUAAGAGGAUGACAUAAUUCUAAACUUUUGUACUGUAUAAAUAUAUUUUUUUGUUUUAUCGUUCCUCAUGUACUUUCCUCAUGCAUACAAAUAUUUAUUUUUCAUCAUUUAGUUACAUAUUUCUUUGACGUCAAAAUCUUUUUAGUUUUGAUAGUUCUUAACUUUUACAUGUAGAUAGUCCUUUCUGCUGUUAAGAACAGUUGUUUUCCCUUAUCGGAUACCUACCCUUGACCUAAAUCACAUGUAGGCGAGGCUGAAAACUUGGCUCUGAAGGCACAGGGCUUAUAUAUUUCUGUGUCUCUGUGAUUGAAAAUCAUCAGUUAAAGUCAUAAAGCAGGGUUUAAGACGGACAGACGGACAGAUAACUUGACAUUGAUAAACUCAAACACACACACAUACAACUUAUGAAAAGACUUGCACACAUGGACAGACAGACGGAAGAUAAAUGGAAAGAUAGAGACAGACGGCAAUAACAAUGUAAAAGGUGAGUCCUUGCAAGUGAACCAUAUAGCAUAGUACAAUGGGGAUAAAAUAACCUUUGAUAGAAUAAUAUCAGAUUCCUUUAUCUGACUAAUAAUGUUUAUAUAUUUGUGUGAAAGCUGGUGCUAUACUUUUGUACAUUGCAAUUGUAUUAUAACUACUUAAAAAGAUCUGUGUUUCAUUGGGUAAAAUUCAGAUAUGAAAUAUGCAAUUCUAUAUAUGGAUACAAAAGUUCUCAUGCACAGUCUUUUUGAUUAGCUCUUUGACUAUAUUUAUGCCUUGAAUAUUAUAAUAAAUUGCAGAUGGGUCUGGCAUAGUUGAUUCUUCUAUGCCCACAGAAAUCAGUUACAUAGCUGGAAUUCAGUCAUAAAAGGUGUUGAUAAUACAUGUUUUGCACAUUCUGGUCUGAAUAAUUUUACUUAGGAAAUGCUCGACUUAAAGAUGAUCGACUAGUGUGUAGACUACAGUAAUUCCUAAUCUAUCAUGACUCUAAUUUUAUAGCCUUCUUUUGUUUUUUAAUGAAUUUCAUGACAGUAUUUUAUACAUUUUUACCUUUUACAGAAAAAUGAAACUCUUGACAGAUGUUCAUAAAUGCAAUUGAUCUGUAUUUUUCUAUUAAUAGCAAUGAUAAUGAAUAUGUACUUAAAUCUUUUUAAUGUUGCCUUUUUAUCAUGACUAUAAAAAAAUGUCCAUGUACAUAUACCUAUAGAAAAUAGGUAAGAAAUAAACAGUAUCUUUAUUUCACAAUAAUUCUAUGACCCAUUUUCUGAAAUCUGUUUCAAGCAUGGUGUAAAUCUGGGAAGCUAGAUAUGUUAUAACUUUUUAAAUUUACGUUUUUCUUAUGUUCACUGUGUUAAUUUCCCAUGUUUAAAUUUGAAAAAAAAAUAUUGUAACUGAUAUUCCCAGAGAGUCUAUUUAAUGAUUUCAGUGGCAAAUAUGCGGAUAAAUUGAACUUAUGCAAAUCAGAUUCUAUUUUUUUUAUGACACAUUUGCCCAGGCAUGGAUCCAGCUGGAUUAGACAAUCCCAUUUUAAUUAAGGGCCAUAUCAUGUUUGCAAAAUAGUCAGCCUCUCAAAAUUACUGUAUUGUGUCUAAUCUGGCUGAAUACGCACCUGAGUGCCUGUCCAUAAUUACAUCAUAACUUUAGGCCAAGGUUUAAAUCAACCUGGGUAUCGUAACACAGGGGUUAGCGAUUAAUCCUACACUUGAUUUUCAUGAUUGAUUGUACAUUGUAGUCAAUGCAAUCAAUCCUAGAUGAUUGCAAGCUAGGGUUCAAAAUACAGGCCUGCAUGUAUAUCUUUGGAAUUUUGUAGUCUUGUUUAUUCUAUUUUUUUUCACUCCAAGCUGCAAAGGGUUUUUGCAUAUUUCUUUCAAUCAAAGUCAGACUUGCACUAUUCUUGUAUGUAAUAUCUAUACAUGUACUGCAGGACAGAAAAUUUUGUCAUUUUUAAAACUUCAUAUUUUCAUUUGAGAAUGUACUACACCAUAUGCCGAUACUAUUUAUGUGUAUUUAAUUGAUAAUUAUGUUUCAUCAUGUAUUAGUUGUGUAUUAGGGUGUAUUUUACCUUUUGAUUGACACAAGAAAUCACUUGGAUUUUUUUUAAAUGUAACUUUUUAAGUCUGCUUCCCACAUGCUGAUUUGUGUUUAAACACUUGUUGAAAAAUGAUUAUGGAUGAUUUUGUGAAUAUCCUUGUUUUGUAUUAUGAGUAUGUAGAGAUCAUUAGAUCUUUUUUUCCCUUAUCAUUAUUUUGUCUAUAUACUUCUGCUGCAAACAAACUCAGGGAAGUUUCAAAUAAACUUCUAACUUUCAAUUUAUUUUGUUUGUCUACAAUCCUAUUGAUUUGAAAAAGUUUGAGACACACAACACUUGUCAAUCAAUAAAAUACGAGUUAUGUUCAUUUCACACAGUUUCUUAUCAUUGACGAUAUCUAAUCACCAAUGAUAUUAAGAGCACAUCCCUUAAACUAUAAAGAUCAUAUCAUGUGGGACUUCUAAGAUUUAUGUAAGGAAUAAAAUAAUUCAAAUAAUAAUGGACUACUUGAUCAAAUGAAAAGGCAAAUGACAUGUUUCACGUUUUUAAUGUGCAGUGUGUAAUGUCAGCAUUUAUGAAACAUUUUCAUUUCUGUUAUGAUCAGCAGUUUAUGAAGAACUUAUUUGUUUUAAUCAAUAUUUUCAAGACAUUUUAAGAUUGAACAUCAGGUUGUA